AUGGGGCGGGCUGGGCGCCAGUUCCGAGCCCUGCUCUGGAAAAACUGGCUCUGCAGAAUCAGGCACCCGGUCCUUUCCCUGUCUGAAUUCUUCUGGCCGUGUAUCCUGUUCAUGAUCCUGACCAUCCUUCGUUUUCAAGAACCUCCCAGACAAAGAGACAAUUGUUACUUGCAACCCCGGGAUCUGCCCAGCCGGGGCGUCUUCCCGUUUGUCCGAAGCCUUCUGUGCAACACUGGGUCGAGGUGCAGAAACACCAGUUAUGAAGGGUCUGGUGAGCACCGUUUUGGUUCGUCUAGGUUCCAGGGUAUAAUCGGCCGUGGCGAGAAGAUCAACGACCUGGCCUUCUUGAUGGAGAUCCAGGACCUUGCCGAGGAAAUUUACAAAAUGAUGGACAAGGCACAAAACUUACAAGAACUCUGGGUAGAAAGAUCCAAGACCCCAGGUGCCUCUGAUGGCUCCAGCUUUUUAUCAAUGGACCUCAAUCAGACCGAGGAGGCGAUAGCGACACUGGAACGUCUGCUCCGGCAGCGCCAGGUCUGGGACUUCCUCCUUUCCCUGCCGGGGCUGUUCGCGCACAACGUGCACGUGGAGGACGGCGUCCGGGCUGCGCUUCACCUGCUCCGCGCGGUGUUCAAGGUCUUAACUUCCACAGAGGGACUUCUGCUGGUGGAAAAGAAGUUGCACGCCCUUGGGGAUGAGCAUGUGGGCUUUCUUUUAUCUUUCAUGGAAUAUUUGGAGAAAUUUUUAUUGCCGAAUCUUUUCGACUCAGACGGGGCUCCCAGAUUCCGUAACCUCUCAUUUCUCCCCGAGACUAUUCUAAAUACAAGUCAUUUGUGGAUAAGUCGUUUUAAAAGUUUAGAGAGAGACCCAUCUAUGCAGACACUUCUGGAAUCCGGCGAAGAGAUGAUCAAAAAAGUCCAAACUCUUGAAAGUCUCUGGAUAAGGAAGGAAUCAAGAAAUAUCUCGAGACUCAUGGAACUGGUGCUUUUUCAAAUUAACCCCAAGUUACUGGAUUUGUGGAUGCAUGGCCUUUUGGAAGGAGAAAAAGCUAAACUGGAAAUCUUGCCUACAGUUGCAAAUUUUUCUGAUCCAGAAAGUGAGACGGUUCUCAGGAAAAGCCUUAAUUUAUCCCAGUUGUUCCAUUUAGAUGGGCCUACAUCGCCAGCCACGGAAAUGGAUUUUGUUCGUCUAAGUGAAAUUAUGAUAAAAAGUCUCCAAGAAUUUGGAUUUCUGAGGCAGGAGCAGGUCUCGAAAGCUGUGGACACAGUCUACGCCCUGAGGAACGCAUCUGAUCGUUUCUCAGCCCUUUCGGAACCUCAGAAACGAGACGUUGAUCAAAUGUUGACUCAUCUGUAUGUCAGUGUCUUCCAGGACCCAGACGCAGCCUUGCUUCUGCAGAUUUAUUCUUCAUUUUACCAAAGCAUAUAUCAGUUCUUGAGCAUUCGGAGUGGAGAAUCUUUGCUGUCUCCCCUGGCACAAACCUCAAAACACAUUUUGAACCUCACAAAGCAGUUUGAUCUCCAAGACGUCAGUAAAGCAAUCGCGUUCUUCCAUGAAACAGCGAGGGUUCUCGGGGGAAUUUCUGAAGCAUCUUCUUGUCAGCAGUUGCUUGCGAUUUUUAACUUUUUGGAGCGUCAAGCCCAAACCCCAGUGUCUACAGAGGGCCCAGACACGGCAGCGAUCCACGCGACUCUGACGGGCCUCAGGCAGCUCUUCACCGUGGACGAGGAUUUCCGUGUUGCUUUGCUUCAGUACGUGAGCCAGCUCUUCAACGGCUCAGUAGAAGCCCUGCUGGGCAAUGAAUGCUCUGUUUUGGGUGAUAAAAGCAUUUCUCCUGUGAACUAUUCGAUAGAUGGGGGGUCUUCAGUCAUUCCUCCGUGGGCUCAGAUCCUUUCCAGCCCCUCAGCCAACGGCAGUAAGCUCAGUGAGUUUAUGGGGGUCCACUGCACCGUCUCAUGGCUUCAGAUGUGGACUGAAAUCUGCACGUACGUGGCUCGGAUGUGUCAGCUGGACGUGAGUGUUCUCAGUCCUCUCCACGAUGGCCUCACUCAGCUUUUAGGUGAGCUGGAAGGAGAUGUGAACAUUCCUCAGGGCUGCCCGGGACUGUUUCCCACCCAUCACCCUGCUCGCCUCUUACUACAUUUGUUUACAAAUUUAACCCCACCAGAUGGCUUUCACGAUUGGGGCAACGUUCUGAGUCUUAAGGGCCUCUCGGCAGCAUUAAGAGAUGGGUUAGUCAGAGCAAAGCUGCUCCGCCUGGGCCACGUGGAGAAAUUCCUCUUCACCGUGGAAACUGCCCUGAGUCAGCUAAAGUCACUCCCAUCAAACACGCCUGGGAGCAGAGGGUUCUUACGUUCUGUGCUUGAUGUUUUCAUGCAGUUGAGCAACACUUCAGAACAGACGGAGAGACGUGUCCAUUGGACCCAUCGCUUUCUUUCAAACAACCUCUCAAAUUAUGAAGCAGAGUUUGAAAGUCUCAUUCCUCGCCUGAGAGAAACACUAUUAUUUCUUAAAAAUGUGUCUCACGACCGAGAUUUACUGUCCUGUGCUGACGUCUUCCGAAAUGUUACGGAGUUUAUUUUGGAAGGUGGCCUAUUCUGUGUAAAUACUUCACAGAGGAUGUGGCACCUUCUGGCCGUGUUAAAUUCCACGUUUUCCUCCGAGGACGCAGUUAGCAGACUGGAGGGGUGCGUUGCGUGGAUAGACGCCGUCAACCGUCUGUGUGUGAUGCGUAACUCCAGCUUUUCACAAGGCCGUCCUCAGGGCAUUUUGGGGAGCUUUGCGGACGUGGAAGACAAAAUUAACUCCACCUUGAAGCUUGUUACUUGGAUGUUGCCUGGAAUGGAACCCAGCUGUUCACCGAAUACAUCAAAUAUGAAUUGUGUGAAUGCUUACUUAAAAAAUGUGACUGCCUUGCUGAACGCGAUACUUGCUACAGUCUUUGAGAAAGAAGGGGUUCCCGAAUUUGAGAUUUUAUCGACUCUUUUCAAUGAUUCCACAAACCAAGUCAAGAUGGUUAUCAGCCACUUGACGAGAGACUUCGACUUUCCAUCUCAGUCCAAUUGGACACGUUUCACUGAGCUGAUUCCAAAACCCAUUGAAAGAGCAGACAAAACGCCACAUCGGUUUCAAAACAUCUGGCCACGUUUGGCAGCUCUGGGGAAGGGAGUUCAAACACUCGUGAAAGGUAUUUCCGCUAACGUCCUGGGAAAUGACACCUCUUCUAAAACUGAAAAAAUUUUACAGGUAUUUGCUACCAGUGCAAGGGAAACAGACAUACACGGUGUAGGCAACUCAUUGUAUCAGUUGGCUGGUUACCUUGCUCUCAAUUUAUCUCACGAUCCCCAGCAUCCACCCAGAACAAGUGCGCACGAAAUGCUGAAAGCUGUGGGUCUCAGCAUGCAACUGGCGAGGGACGCGUUCAGCUCCCUGAUGCCCUCAGUUUAUCACAAUAUUCCGCAAGGCCCAGGCAAUUUCCAGGUCGUAAAGAAGGUGGCUUCUCUCCUGCGCAAUCUCAAGAAGACGGUCAUAGACCUGCUGGUAGGUCAGGUGGAACAAAUCGGUGACAGCCUGGUGGGUUUCUUUCAGAAUGUCAGCCGGUUAGGUCCUGGCGGUUUGGGGGUCAACUUGCUCGUUGACCUGAUGGAGAAGCUUGUAGACAGCUCCCGCGCCUGGAAUGUCAACCACCUGCUGAGGCUCUCACGUCUGUUUCCUAAAGAUGACGUGAGCGCCGUGGUGGACGCGUACUACGGGCUCCCUCACGCCGUGAGGCUCCUGCGGGGAGCGGCGGACAAAAACGUCACGGCCGCCCUCAAGGACGUCUACAACUUCACCCUUCUCCACGGCACCCGCAUCGCCAACGUCAGCAAGGAAGACUUCGCCGAGGUCAUCAAAACUCUUUCGGCCAUGAUUGAACUCAUCUCAGAUAAACCAGAAGUUCUUUCCGAGGCUUUAACUUGUCUCCCCGUGUUUUGGUGCGGGAAUCACUCAGCUUCUGGACUCCGGCAGAACCCCGAGUUCGAAAGCUGUGCUGCCCACGUGCUCACGUUCCCGGCCUUGUACAGCGGCGUGGCCGGCGUACUUGCCCACCUGCGUCUGUCUGCCCCAGGGGAGGAGUCACGGUGUUUAAACGAAGGCUCACAGGAGGAAGUAACUAGGAAAGUGGUCUGUGCGAUGCAUGAAUUUAUGGACUGGAACUCCAUUCUUCUAGAGCUGUCUGAAGUCUUCCGUGUUAGAACGCUGCUGGUGAAAAAUGUGCAAGAGUUUUGGCAAAAGGUGUUGCCAUUUGUCCCGGCUCCUGGAAAUCACAGCAGGGGGAGCCUCUCUGAACUUUGUCCCCGUGGGCCCAUCAAGCAAGUUGCUUUGCAAAUUAUAGAGAAAUUAAAAAAUGUCAACUUUACAAAAGUCACAUUGGAUGGCAACCUUCUUGACAAGCUAGGUAGUUUAAACGUUGACGAAGCAGAAGCGUCUGCUCGAAAUAAUACUUUCUUAAAUUUGGAAAGGGUAAUAAACUUGCUUUCUGGCGACCAGAGCCUAGGGAACAGUACGAAUUCUCUCGUCUCCCCCUUCGUGAUGUUUCUGAAUGCAAACCUUACGGGUCGUGCUUUACAAGCAUUGUCAAGUUUUAUUAAAAAAAGUGAGGCUGCUUCUAGCCUUGAAGAACUUGGGCUUGAGUUUGACCGAAUCCUGGAAGAUCUCACCCAUGACUUGAGUAUCAGGCCCCUGUUUUCUGAAAGAAACAAAGAAAUGCAAACGGCUCAUUCAGUGCUUCUUCAAGACAUAACUUUGCAGCUUGCCCGUUUUUUGGAAAGCCUGGAUUCAUUGCCCCUGAAGGCGUUGGAAAUUGCUGAAGAUUUUGUAUUGGCUGUAAACAAGUGGCUUCAUGAAUACACAAAGGGAGGUUACUCCAGAAUGAUACAAACGUUAUUGCUCCUUGCGGCCGACGGGAGUUCAGCUGAUGGUACAGCCUCGUUGACCAAAGACGUUGCCGCCCUUUGGGGUUAUCUCAGAAACGUGUCUGGGGAAGGUCAUUUGAACGUUGUCUUUCUCCCUCGUCUGCUCAACCAAGAACGGCUAACUAAUUUCUCAGUUGUUCGGCUGCUUUUUGAAAGAUUCCUGAGCAAUCGGACCGAUACCUUAGCAGCCGUGAAUGUAAGUGAUGUGGACCUUUGGGUAGUGGAUUUCAUUGGCCGCGCCUUGAACCAGAUGCCGUCGGAGGAUGGCGAGAGGCUCACCGUCCCUCUGAGGAGCAUGGCGGAUUUCACGGAACAGCUUUUGGAAACAUUCUUCUCAUUUUUUCUAAAGGAAAAUUCUGGGGAUGAAACAGCUCUUCUGCUCAAAGAUGUCCACGGAGAUACCUCGGCAGAGAUGAGUUUUGUCCCAAAGGAUAAAAUCCUAGACAUUUUGAAAGCGGAUCAAUUUCUUACCUCCGUGAAAGAAGACAGAUUGAGGAACAUUUUUUCGACUUUAAAGGAGACUCUGUACCAUUUAGUCAAACACCCAUUUACAGUAGAUGGUGGAGGAUUCUAUUUGGAUAAUGAUCAAGGAUGGACGUUCAUGAGAGAUUUAUUUACCCGUCUUCUCACGGAAACCUUACUGAAAAACAGGACAGAUAAUGAUUUGGGGUUUCUUACGGCGGCAGUGAAGCACUUGUUUUCACAGAAGAACGGUUCCGAGGACCUUGUCAAACUCAGUCGAGAUCUGAGGGCAGCUCUUCGCCUCGUGAGAGAAGCUUCAGCAGGGAUGGCAGGUCUCCUGGACACGCUCUCGAACUCCCCUGUUAAGGACUUCCUUGGCGCGUACCCUGCCCUCCAAGAAGUCAUACUUGCCAAUUUAACUGACUUGCUUUCCUUGGCAAAUAACUCAUUCCUUCUAAGAAACAGAGCAACGCUGGAAAUUACCGAGAGGUUGCUUGGUGUGAUCGCAAGAGCUGGUGGGCACGGUCAGGUCCUGGAGCCCCUCCUGGAAAUGUCUGAUGCUCUGAUCACGCUGGUGCAGGACGGUGCUGCUUUGAGACGUCUAGCCACGUCCGUGAACUCCACCGUGGGACUUCUCAACCUGGCCAAGGGCAUUUCAAGGAGGUUGGCCUCUCUGGUUGCAGCUCAUUUCACUGCCAGCGCCAAUGACACCAUGAAAAUUUUCGACACUCUUUAUUCCGUUUUGCAACAAAGUGUUCGAAAUGUCGUGAAUGAAACAGCUACUGUGAAAAAAGGGGAUCAGUUACUAUUUGAAAAGAUAGAUGCCUUGUUGACACCGUUUCUCGACUUGGCUUUUGGGAUGAUUGGAGUCAAACCUAAUAGCUCACAGGACUCUGAUAUUUUCAACACGUCAGCUCGCGUAUUCGCUUAUGUGAACCAGUCCGAAAAGUUUUAUGAUCUUUCGGAAGAGAUAGCUGGGUUUCUAAGUUCUGUGAACAUCGAUGCGGGAGAUGUGGAACAUCUCGUGGUAGCAUUUAACAAUGAGACCGAAGGGUUUCCCGUGGAUUCUGUCGGCUUGUGGGAAGAAAUCCUGGCUUGCUUAAUUCCUAUAAAUAACAUCGCCAACCAGAUAGAGUUUUUAUUCUCGAAUCCAAGUUCCACUCGUGUUGGCCCUCAAGACACAGCGUGGGGAAGACCUCAAAACGUGGUCCUGUUUCUGCGUGAAAUGCUCUCACAAAACAGCACAGAAAUAGAGGCUUACUGGAGACGGGGGAUUGGUCGCAUCUUAGAAGCUCGUUGGAACGACUUGGGAGAGGAUGUCCGGAAGGUUUUUGAUCUGUUGCCGUCAUCGGCUCGGCAUCCAGACGAGCUUUGGAAAGCCAUAAAAACCAUGGUGGGGGUCCCCAGUGGACUCACAAGGGACUACUCGCGUGGUGCGAGUGACGCUUUGCUUUUCAGCACCUCUGUGAUUCAGAACGUAACUUGUCAACAGCUCGGAGAGGCGCUCGCGACGGUGCUGGGUGCGAUGGCUCUCCUGCAGAAGGAGCUUCUGCAAAACAGCCCUCACUGGGCACAUUCCCUGAGAACCUGGCUUCAGCCCAUUGCUGAGAUUUUCAUUAACGCCACCGCUGGAAAGAACAUCACGUCAGGAGCAGAAGAGACGCCGGAGAAGGGGCAGGCUGAUUCCCCUUUCCCCCUCACACUGGUACCACGUUGCGAGAAAUUCCUGAAGGGCUUAAUUGCAUGGACUGAAUACUGGCAGGAGGUUUCACUGUCAGAUCAAAGUGUUGCUGAAGUGUGUCGGGCUUUCCAGCAGCCUGUGGAGCCCCUGGAAGCUACAGCGGCCCUGCGGAGAGCGGGGAUGCUGGCCCUGCGUGCGCUGGUUCUCCUUGCAGAAAACCCUUCCUGGACCGAGGACGUCCUCUGUGUCCCUCUGAGUGACGAGCAGGGCUGGAUAAGGCGCCUCGCUUUAUCUGUUCUCCGAGGGGUCACUCUGGUGCAGGACCACCUCCAGGAAACGGCAGAGCUGUGGGCCUCCCCCCAUCAGCCAAGCUGUGAAGAUCUGAGCAGGAAUCUCUCCAGCGCCUUGCGGAGCUUCCGGAGCGCCUUGGAGAAGGCCCGUGUGCGGAGCUGUGCCUGCGGGUCCCCGCCGGGCCCCGGCCCCCGGCCCCUGCGCACGUUGGCCCGAAGCCUCGAGAAGACUUUGCUGUCUGGGAACCCCAUUAUGACUUUCCUUGGCAAUUUCUCAGUAACUCAGGAUGUAAAAGUCAAAGACGUGAUACAGAACGUCACCAGGUUAACCGAAGGGCUUCGGACGUCUCUGCACAUCUCAGACGCGACCAUCGAGGGCAUUUUAGAAGCCAACGUCUCCCAUUCAAAGGUCCUCCCGAGUGCCCUGGCGGUGGCCUUGUCCGGAAGAUGUGACCGGGACGUGCUGCGCCUCCUGCUGGAGUUCCCCGAGGGGGCAGAGUCCAGGGCGGUGGCGGAGCUGUGCGGGCUGCCUGGGGACAAGGUGUACUCCCUGAUCGUGCUCAUGGCUCAGAAUCUGAACCUGCGGAAUUUCGUUUACAAGACUCUGAUCCCUUCGGAGGCCAGCGGCCUGCUCAGCUCCAUGUUGGACGUCAUGUCCCGGCUCAGCCACCUGCUUCCCAAAGCCGGCCGCGUCCUGGACUACCUUCCCGAGUUCCUCCAGGCGUUUAAAUUAGCUGGCCUUCAAGAGGCUUCAGAGAGCAAGCAGGCCCAAGGUUCAGCCUUCGGUUCUUUCCAGUCUUUGAUGAGGACCGUGUGCACGGAGCAAGCGUCUUUCUUGAGCAGCUCUGACACGUUUAUGAACCUGCCAAGAGUGGACGACCUCUUAGGGCAAGACAGAGACAAAUUCAACAUUCCUGAAGAUGCGACACCGUUUUGCUUGAAGCUUUACCAGGAAAUCCUGCGGUCCCCGAAUGGCGCUUUGGUGUGGUCCUUCCUCAAACCUGUGUUACAUGGGAAAAUCCUGUACACACCGAACACUCCGGAGAUUAACAAGGUCGUUCAGAAGGCAAAUUAUACUUUCAGUUUUGUGGACAAGCUGAAGACUUUGUCAGAGACACUGCUGAAAAUGUCCAGCGUCUUUCAGGGCAGUCGAAGUGGCCAGAUGCUCAGCCAACUGCAGGGAGCCCUGAGGGACAGAUUUCUAAGGAGCUUUGUAGAGAGCCAGCUGCACAUCGAUGCGGACAAACUGACGGAGGAGCUGCGGGCGUUGGGACGCAAGGUGGACGCGAUGCUGGGCCACACGGGCGCUGGCCGCGUCCACUUCCUGGGCCGGGUCCUGGUCAACCUGUCUUCCUGUGUGGCCCUGAGCCGCUUCCAGGCCCUGGACUCUGUCCCCGCUCUGGAGUCAAAGGCACAGGAGCUGAUGCGGCGGAACGAUUUCUUGGCCAGCAUCAUAUUCAACACUUCCGGACCCGGUAGGAACCUCAACUCGGGGUCCCUCCAGCUGCCGCCCCACGUCACCUACACCAUCCGCACCAGUGUCCUGUACAGCAUGAGAACGGACCUGGUGACAAACCCCUCCUGGAAGUUCCAUCCUCAGAGCCUGCCGGCCGACGGGUUCAAAUAUAACUACGUCUUCGUCCCGUUGCAAGACAUGAUCGAUAGAGCCAUCGUUUCGGUGCAGACCGGGCGGGACGCCCUGGAGCCGGGCACGCAGGCGCAGGCCAUGCCCUACCCCUGUCACUCCAGCGACCUAUUCUUGAACAACGUGGGCUUCUUCUUCCCCCUGAUCAUGAUGCUGACGUGGAUGGUGUCCGUGGCCAGCGUGGUCCGGAAGCUGGUUUACGAGCGGGAGGUCCAGCUGGAGGAGUAUGUGAGGAUAAUGGGGGUGCACCCCGCCGUGCCCUUCCUGGCCUGGUUCGUGGAGAACAUGGCCGUGCUGUCCCUGAGCAGCGCCGCGCUGGCCGUCGUCCUGAAGGCAAGCGGCAUCUUCACGCACAGCAACGCCUUCAUCGUGUUCCUCUUUCUCCUGGACUUCGGGGUGUCGGUCGUCAUGCUGAGUUACUUCCUGAGCGCGUUCUUCAGCCAGGCCAACACGGCUGCCCUCUGCACCGGCCUCGUGUACAUGAUCAGCUUUCUGCCCUACAUCGUCCUGUUGGUUCUGCACAACCAGCUGAGCGUGGCCGUGCAGACACUGCUGUGCCUCCUCUCCACAACCGCCUUUGGACAAGGAGUAUUUUUUGUCACAUUCCUGGAAGGGCAAGAGACCGGAAUUCAGUGGAGCAACAUGUACCAGCCCCCGGGACAGGCAGACAUGACCUUCGGCUGGGUUUGCUGGAUGCUCCUCUUGGAUUCAGGCCUUUAUUUUCUGUGUGGAUGGUACUUGAGCAACUUGAUUCCUGGAACGUUCGGCUUAAGGAAACCAUGGUACUUCCCCUUUACCGCGUCCUACUGGAAGAGCGUGUGUGGUCUGGGGGUGAAGAGGGAGCGCACACCGACUUCUGAUCUGUUCUUCGUCCGUGAGAACUCUGACGGUAAAGACUCAUCACUGCAAACCGGGGAAGGAACCCCCCUGGGCGUCACCCUGGUGUCUGUGACCAAGGAGUAUGAACGCCACCAGCCGGCGGUCCGAGACCUGACCCUGACCUUCCACGGAGACCAGAUCACUGCCCUGCUGGGGACGAACGGCGCCGGGAAGACCACCGUCAUAUCCUUGCUGACCGGCCUCCACGCCCCCACCUCCGGGACCAUCCUGGUCAACGGCAGGGACCUGCGGACCGACCUGCCUGCAGUGCGGAGGGAGCUGGGGCUGUGUCCGCAGCGGGACGUCCUGUUCGACGACCUCACAGUGCUGGAACAGCUGCUGCUCUUUGGCUCCAUCAAGGCCCCACAGUGGCCCCGGGAGGAGCUGCGCCGGCAGGUCAACAGGACCCUGCGGGACGUGGAGCUAACCCAGCACCAGCACAAGCAGACCCGCGCCCUCUCGGGGGGCCUGAAGAGGAAGCUCUCCAUCGGCAUCGCCUUCCUCGGCACGUCCCGGACGGUGGUUCUGGACGAGCCGACCAGUGGCGUGGACCCUUGCUCCCGGCGUGGCAUCUGGGACAUCCUUCUCAAGUACCGGAAAGGUCGGACAGUCAUCUUCACCACCCACCACCUGGAUGAGGCCGAAGCGCUCAGUGACCGCGUGGCGGUCCUGCAGCGGGGGCAGCUCCAGUGCUGCGGUCCUCCCUCCAGCCUGACUGAGGCAGCCGGCCAGGGGCUUCGCCUGACGCUCACAAAGCAGCCAGCAGUCCAGGAGGUGGACGACGCGAAGGACACAGCGUGUGUGACGUCUCUGAUCCAGACCCACAUCCCGCAGGCGUUUCUCAGAGGCAGCAGCGGCGCGGAGCUGAGCUACGCGAUUCCCGAGGAGGCAGACAGAGCCGCCUUCGAAGGGCUCUUCCAGGCCCUGGAUCAGAACCUGCGCCGCCUGCGCCUGACAGGCUACGGGCUCUCCGACGCCACCUUAGAGGAGGUGUUUCUGAAUCUCCUGCGAGACUCCCAGGAGCCGUCCGCCGCUGCCCCGGGGCCGGAGCCGCGGUCCCCCCGGCCCCCAGAGCGCGCUCCCGGUCACUGCGGCGGGACCGCAGCCCUGCGGGGUAGCCCCCUGCUACUGGCCCAGACUGCUGCCCUCCUGGGGAGGCGACUUCGCCGCUCCUGCCGGGCCUGGAGAGGCACCCUGUCCACCCUGCUCCUGCCCGUGCUCUUCGUGGGCCUGGCCAUGGCCCUGUUCAUGGUGCGGCCGCUGGCCGUCAGCUACCCUCCCCUCAAGCUGGCCCUGGGCCACUACGACACGGACGAAACGUACUUCUUCAGCAGCCGGAGUGAUGACAAGGGACUGACCCACGUGCUUUUGCAGAACUUUGGAGAUCGGGACCUGCUCUGUGCCAACUCGAACCCCGGCCUGAAGAAUUCUCCGUGCUGGCACACGGACCCCGCCCCUCCCCCAGGAGUCCAGGAUCCCUGUGGCUGCCAGAAGUGUCCGAAUGGAAGUGUCCAGGCGCCCUACCUGGCCAACCGCCUGGGCCACAGGCUGCUGAAUCUCUCGGCCUUGCGCCUGGAGGAGUAUUUGCUGGCACCGGCUGAGAAACCCAGGCUUGGAGGCUGGUCUUUUGGAGUGAGCAGCCCCGAUCAAGAUGCAAAUUCAAAUAUAUCGAAACCAAAAACUCUGGCAAAGGUGUGGUAUAAUCAGAAGGGCUUCCAUGCCCUCCCGUCCUAUCUAAACCACCUGAACAACCUCAUCCUGUGGAGGCUCCUACCCCCCACUGUGGACUCGAGACAGUACGGAAUAACGGUCUACAGCCACCCGUACGGAGGGGCCUUGCUGAACGAGGACAGGAUCCUGGAGAGCAUCCGCCAGUGCGGCGUGGCCCUCUGCAUCGUGCUGGGCUUCUCCAUCCUCACCGCCUCCAUCAGCGGCGCCGUGGUGCGGGACCGGGUGACCGGAGCCAAGAGGCUGCAGCACCUCAGCGGCCUGGGCUGCAGGACGUACUGGGUCACUAACUUCGCGUGUGACAUGCUCUUUUACUUGAUUUCCGUCUGCCUGUGUGUGGCCGUCGUGGUCGCCUUCCAGUUAACGGCAUUUACUUUCCGCCAGAACCUGGCAGCCAUGGCCCUGCUGCUGGCGCUGUUCGGGUACGCGACGCUCCCGUGGAUGUACCUGAUCUCCAGAAUCUUCUCCAGUUCCGACGUUGCUUUCAUCUGCUAUGUGUCCCUGAACUUCGUCUUUGGCCUCUGCACCUUGCUGAUGACCGUCAUGCCCCGGCUGCUGGCCAUCACCUCCAAAGCCCAGAAUUUGCAGAGCAUCUACGACGUCCUCAAGUGGGUGUUCACAGUUUUCCCUCAGUUCUGCCUGGGCCAGGGCCUGAUAGAACUGUGCUACAAUCAGAUCAAGUAUGACCUGACCCACAGCUUCGGUGUGGACUCCUACGUGAGCCCCUUUGAGAUGAACUUCCUGGGCUGGAUCUUUGUACAGCUGGCCUCGCAAGGCACGGUUCUGCUCCUCCUGAGGGUUCUGCUGCACGGGGACCUUCUCCAGUGGUCCAGGCGUCCCCCUGCCAUGCAGGGCACAGUCACAUUUUCUAAGGACAUAGACGUUGAAAAGGAGCAAAUGAGGGUGUUGAAAGGGAGAACCGAAGGAGACAUCCUCGUGUUGUGCAACCUCAGUAAAAGUUACAGAAGCUUUUGCAGGAGAACCACCGCUGUGCAGGACGUGAGCUUGGGCAUACGGAGAGGGGAGUGUUUUGGGCUCUUAGGGGCGAACGGAGCUGGGAAGACCACCAUGUUCAAAAUGCUGAAUGGCGACACCCCUCCAACCUCCGGACACGCUGUCAUCAGGACACCCAUGGGAGAGGACGUGCGUCUGUCUUCGGCUGGUGCAGCCGGCGUUCGUAUUGGCUACUGUCCGCAGCAGGACGCCCUGGACGACUUCCUGACCGGCUGGGAGCAUCUCCACUAUUACUGCUGCCUCCGUGGGAUUCCAAAGCAGUGCAUCCCCGAGGUUGCUGGGGACCUGGUGAGGCGCCUACACCUGGAAACCCACGUGCACAAACUGGUGGCCACCUACAGCGGGGGCACCAAGAGGAAGCUGUCUACAGCCCUGGCCCUGCUGGGGAAACCCGACCUCCUUCUGCUGGAUGAGCCCAGCUCUGGGAUGGACCCCUGCUCGAAGCGGUACCUGUGGAAAGCCAUCGCCAAGGAGGUUCAGGAAGGCUGUGCAGUGGUGCUGACCUCUCACAGCAUGGAGGAGUGUGAGGCGCUCUGCACCAGACUUGCUGUGAUGGUCCGGGGCAGCUGCCGGUGCCUGGGCUCCCCUCAGCACAUCAAGAACAGGUUCGGUGAAGGCUACACAGUGAAGGUCUGGCUCCGCGAGGAGGCAAGUCAGAAUGAACACGCUGCCGUUUGUGACUGCUUGACGCUCUGUUUCCCAGGAUUGCAGUUUAAGGGGCAGCGCCAUAAUCUAUUGGAAUACGAUGUGCCGAAAAGACGGGGCUGUCUGGCUGACCUGUUCAAAGUUCUAGAGAACCAUAAAAACGUCUUGAAGAUCAGACAUUACUUCAUCACCCAAACCAGUUUGGAGCAGGUUUUUAUUAAUUUUGCCACCGAGCAGCAGCAAACUCCGCCACCUUCUGCGGAUCCAGCCUCUGACCGCGACCGCCCGCAGCACCUGCCCAUCUAAACACUGUGUUGUCCUUUGUUGUAAUUAAUUCUCCGAGAUCAAAGGGGUGCGAGGCACCGGAGAACACGCGGCAGGCAGUCAACUUUCCUGCUCUCCUUCAUUUUCUACCUGGAAACUCUUUGUUAAUUAAUUACCGACAAGCUGGAAAGCCGUUCCUCUCUGCAGACUUUUGGGGAGCUGCUCCGACACACUGCCUCUGUCUGCCAAGCCAGGGUGGGGGCCAGGCUCGUGUGACAGGGCGUGAACAAACGGACAGCGGUCAGGCUGGGACGUCCUGGAGCUGGAAAGGCUGUCGGAGGCUGGCCAUGCCGAAUAGCUCACUUUCCUUUUAAGGAGACUGAAGCCCCCGAGGUUAAAACCUUUCCUAACGUAUUGCAUAAGGAAAAGUACUAUUUUUGUCUUCUUUUUACCAAAUCAUGUUUGCAUGUGUCUAAAUAACAAUUCACAAUUCAAUGAGUUAAAAAUCACGCUUUGCUUAAUCCUGGAUGGCAUUAAAUGGGAUGAUAUUUAAAAAUGCCAUUUUUUCCCUACAAAAGAUGCUUUUUUUUAAAAAAAAAUAAUGAGUUUUUUAGUCGAAACUUUAGCAAAAUUAAAUAAAUCGAACUGGGUACUCUGUAUCAUUCAUAAAAAGUUUUACUAGAAUUUCACAGAUUGUAUAUUUAAGGCAAUAUAGAAAGAAAUACAAGGUGUAGAUAUAUUUUUCUUUUUAUUCAUUUGGAUUUAUGUUUACUAUUCUUAAAAUUAUUCGGAGCCAGUGGUUUUUGGUGUUUCCAUAUCAGGGGCACCAGCAUCUCCUGGGAGCAGGCUGGACAGAGUCCCAGACUCCGGGGUGGGAGGUCCGCAGUCUGGGUGUCCACAAGGCCCCCACGCUGGUUUCUGAUGCCCAGCACCUGUCUGUGUCUGUGACUCAAAAGAGCUUCCAGUCAGGCAUUUCUGAGUUGAAAUAUUUCUCAGCCUUCUUUGAAUAACGUUUUUUUCUGCCCCCCCCCCCCAUGGAGGGCUGCACUGAUUUCAUUUUAAAAUUUAACUUUACUCACUGAAGUUUCUGAGUUAACAGUAGCUUGCGAUCAGAGGCAAACGCUUUCUUGGGACGUUUCUUCGCUAACAUCAGAUUUCAUUUGGCUGUAUCUCUCCCGGACGUCACCCUGCGUUAGAGAUGUUUCUAAACGGUCAGGAGGAAGCCUGGAAUCACAGGCCGUUUUGACUGAACGAUUCUGAUUCACCUGUAUGAUGUGAAUUAUGCUUUCUUAAAGACGUUCCAAUUCAGGCUUUUAUGAUUUUUUUUCCGCCCCAAUUCUAAGAUCGUCUCAUUGUCAAAAUGGAAGAUGUAAUCUUUUGUUGUUGUCGAAUCAAUAAAGAAA